AUGGUAUCAGAGCCAGAUGUCGAUUCUCAGCCUGUCGAAGUCCCUUCUGUCCCUACUACUACCCAAGAUGCUUAUGAGAUUGUGGAUGCUGCUCCUCCUCCCGUUACCUUCAAAGAAUUCUCCUCUUCCUAUAAAGAGGCUAUUCUUGACCCUCUUUGGCAGCAGGCAAUGGCUGAAGAACUCUCUGCGUUGUACAAGACAGGUACUUGGGAUAUUGUUCCUCUUCCUGUGGGGAAGCGUGCUAUUGGUUCCCGUUGGAUUUACAAGAUCAAGACUAAGUCUGAUGGGUCAGUAGAGCGGUACAAAGCUCGUUUGGUUACUAAAGGCUUUGAUAAGGAGUAUGGGAUGGAUUAUGAGGAAAAUUUCGCUCCAGUUUCCAAACAUACCACUAUUCGUACUCUCAUUGUUGUUGCGUCUGCUUGA